AUGUUAUCAAGUGUCACCUACGUCUUGGGGACGGAGAGCUGUGGAAAAACAGACCUCGUCCGCCAGCUAGAGUACCUCAGCCAGGGGGUCGUGCGCACUGUCCCGACUUCGUGUACGCCCACGAUGGGGCAGGAAGUGACGGUGCUCACUAUCCGUUCUCCCGCAGGCGAAGGGAAGGUUACAGUCGAGGUGCGAGAGCUGGGAGGAUCGCUGGUGAACGUGUGGGAAAGCUUCAUCGAGUCUCGAAAGGCCAAGGAGAUUGGUGGCGGUUCCACAGCGUUUCUUCUGCUCUAUGUGGUCGAUGGUGUGGCCCCCCACCAGCUGCCGUUGGCGUCCACAAUGUUCCGUUAUCUCACGCAGGGCCGCCAUGCACCUUGUGCAGGAUGGUCAACGCUCAUCGCCGUGCAGAAAUGCGCCAGUGUAAACGCCGUCACGGCAGAGGAAGUACGGGGCUUCUUCCUGGACGAAGUGAGUACACAGUCAAACGUCGAUGUUGUUGAAGUAGACUCGUGGAAUGGCAUCGGUGCAGGGGACGUACUCAGAGGAAUUGAAGCGGUCUUUGGUGCUCCUCGGUAG